AUGGAGGACAAUGUGGUUCACGUUUCCAAUCAGCCAGAAGCCUUAAACGCUGGCUCUCCGAAUGCCAUUGAUGAGUCGCAUGUGUCACCAGCUGAUCAUGAUAUGGGUGAGGCUCCUGCAGAGGAGCAAGAGCUGGACGUACAGGAACGAACUAUCCCUCAGCCUGCGACUCCCACUACUCCUACUUUCUCGGAGUUGACCCAAAUGGAUGAUGCGAUGCUACAGGAUUCAUUGGACCCUGCGUCGCCAUCGCAGCUAAUCACAACUCAUACCCACUUUAACGAUUCUCCAGCACCCCGAAUCAGUUUCCAACCCUCUGAUGGUGUCUUCAUCAUUGAGGAGCAGGUCCAACCCGUCAAACAGAAGCCGUUGUCAACAUCACCUGCAACAACCCCAGCGUUUGAGCGGUACGCGGCAAAUCAAAACACUCUGAAUCUUCCAGGCAGCCCUAGAGCACCCCCGACUCUCGUUGUCGAGCGCACCAUGGGCCCAAAAGGGUUUUCUCUCCCUACUAAGCUUUUUGAAAAUCUUGAGCAAUGGCACACCACCCACCCUAACAGUACAGAGCAUCCUUGUGCCUUCAAAAAGCGUGCCCCAACCACCUGGGAUAACUUCAAGAUCUAUGACGAGGAUGCGGAUGAGUACAGAUUGUCAGUUUUCCAGAUUACUGUUAAAGGCGCAGGCCGCAGGACCUCCCGUUACAGCGUCUUGGUGUUGCAUUUGGAGAACGGCACAGAAGAACUGGUUAUGCUCAGUUCAACUCGAGCAAAGAUUGCAAAGCUCUGCAAAGGAAUUUAUGGAAUGUAUCUGUUUGCUUGGAAUGUGACUAAGGAAAAUUGGGAAGAAAAAGCUUGUGCUAUCAAAAUCUGGCGCACCGACAAGGAGAAAAUAAUCUUCAAUACUCAAAUGCUUGAUGAGGGCUUCAGGCGCUUGGACAACAGCAGCAAAAGAAAAUACCAUGACAAGGAUGAUGAGUCUAACUUGCCCAACACACCUACACCUAUGUCAAGAAACCAAUCUCAAAUCGCCUACGACCAGGAAAAUUUCAAGACACCUACCUCUGCUGAUUAUACGCGGGUUCUUGGAAGUCCAUUCAUGUCUGACAAUAUUGAAAACAGGCGUGCCAAGCGCGACCUGAAUGGUCAGGAUACUGCACAGGCAGCCAUUCAUGCCUUGUCCAUUCAGGUCGAGAAAAAUCACUCUCUCGUCCGUUUCAAACUUGUUUCCAACGAUAAUGUUCAAUCUCGCUACUUUGACACCGACGAUGCAGAUGUUUUUUUCAGAAAGGUGGGCGAAUUCUUCAAACCUGCUCCUGCUGGAAUUCUCUGCACGUACCCUGGUCUUGAUGGUGUGCGAUACAUUGGUACUGGAUGUGUCGAUGAAUUUAGUAUUUUCAUGGAUGCCAUUCGUCAAUCAUUUGUUCUUGGUGAAGAGACGGUUAUUACCGAGGUAAUUUCCGUUUCCUCACUUCAUUAA